AUGGUCAAAGGCAUCGCUCUUGUCACCGGUGCCUCUCGCGGAAUCGGGAGGAGCAUUGCUCUUCGACUAUCCAGAGAUGGGUUCAAGCUCGCUCUCAACGACCUGCCUUCCUCCAAAGAGGUCCUUGAAGAGGUCCAAAGCGAAAUAAUCAAUAAUGGGGGUCAAGCCAUGACCGUUCCCGGAGAUGUCUCCGUCGAAAAAGAUGUAGAAUCGAUGGUCACUAACGUCGCCGAAACCUACGGCGGCCUGGAUGUCAUGGUCGCUAAUGCUGGAAUUGCCACCAUUGUACCACUGCUGGAGUCAACCACCCAGCAAUUCGAACGCAUCUUAUCUGUCAACGUAAUUGGCGUAUACCACUGCUACAAGUAUGCCGCUCUGCAAAUGGUAAAACAAGGCCGAGGGGGAAGAAUUAUUGGAGCGUCCUCCAUUGCUGGAAAACAAGGAUGGCCAUUUGCCAGUUUCUACUCGGCGUCGAAAUUUGCCAUCCGGGGAUUAACGCAAUCCGCUGCCUUGGAACUGGGUAAGCAUAGAAUCACAGUAAAUGCUUACGCUCCGGGCGGCGUUCCAACCCCUAUGCUCGAGGACAUCGCAAAAGAUUUGAUGGGCCACCUCGCGAACUCGGGCUUCAGCACUACAGACCAUCGAGCGCAGGUGAUCGGUGCUGCAAACAGAAGGCAUACAACUCCCGAAGAAAUCGCCAAUCUAGUGACAUUCCUUGCCUCAAAGGAAUCUGAACCGAUAACUGGCCAAACCGUGUCGAUCAAUGGAGGGUUGUAUUUUGACUAA